AUGUUCCCCGAAAUUCUGUCUAACUCUUUUGGAAGUGCACCUCUUUUGAGUAUGCAAGGUUCGAGCGCGUUUUUUGCCCCUAAUGCACCCAAUGACUCUCAUUUUUCAGCACCCAAGGACUCCGGUACUUCGACACUUAGUGACUCGCAUCCUUUGAUGUUCAACACCUCUCGUACUUCGAUGUUUGUCAAUUUGGAUGAUGUUCAUGCACCUAAUGCAUCUGUUGAACCUCGAACUUCAAACAUUGACUUUUUGGUUGAGUCAAGUCCAUUUGUUGAGCCCCAGACUUCGAAUGUCGAAUUUUCGGUUGAGUCAAGUGCAUCUCUCAAGACUCGAUCUUCAUCAAGUGAAUGUUCCUUUGUCAAGCAAGAGUCUUCAAAUGAUUCUCAUAUGUUGAAAGCCCCUAAUCACACUACUAUCCCUAAUAUUCCUGAAUGUCCAACAGCACCAAACUUUGCACUUGAUUUAGCACAUGCAUAUGGUUUGAGCUAUGUGUCUUCAGGACCUUUGACCUGUGCAUUGCAGACAGGCCAUUCUAGUGUGGUUUCUGAGAGUACUAUGACUCCUACCCCACCUCCUAUGUCUUCCUCCUUAGUUACACCUCCUGUACUCAAGCCAUGUCAACCAAUUUGUAUUGGCUCUAACAAGCCCACUAUUAAUCCUCGGGCUAGUGUGCCAUGCAAAACAACUUGUGUACAGGAAGAUGUGUUAACUACAGACCAGUCCUUUGAAGAGGAAUUCACUAAACCCUAUGGGUUAUCAUCAUCCUCACAAUCUACGAGCUAUAAUCCACCUAUCCCCCAAGUCAAUGACAACUCUUAUGUUCCUUUAACACCAGUACCUACCCCAGCACUUACCCCUAUCCAAACUGAAGGCCCUUCUUUGCCUAUGGAUCAAGAUGAUGACUACAUUACUACACCUCCCUAUGCUUCACCCUAUGCUUCACCCUAUGCUACACCUCCCUACAUUCCAUAUUCACCUCCUUCACCUCCAGAAACUCAUAGCUCAUCUCGUAUUAUGAGAGAGCUUUAUAAUGAUAUGGAGCCUAAUGGCAAUACUCUGUCACCUGAAUACUAUGUUCCUCCACCUCAUAGACCAUCUGGAGACCCUUGUAUCCUUGCCACUACCUCUGAUGGUCACACUCCUGGUUCCAAUACUCCUCCUCCUUCUUAUAUAUCCUCAUUCUUCAAUAUUGAAGAUCCUUCUACAACAACUCUACCAUCCCCUGAUAAAUAUCAGAUGCUUGAGGACUACCUAGUCACCAACUUACCUACUCUAUCUGACACUCAUACCCCAACUAUUGAGCACUGUGCUGAAGCUUUUGUGCAAUUUGCAAAUGCACAAAACGAAUUAUGUGCUCAUGAUUGGGACUGUCUUACUGUGGCUAGAUGUACUUAUCCUAGUGAGCAAGGGGACUAUCUUGAUCAUGCCUCACCAGAACCUUGGUCUAACUGUGACUGGACUGAGCGUGUUGAUGAACUUAUUCAGCAUCGAGCUCAGGCCUUAGGGCUUCUUGCUCUGCUGGAAGAUCUUUUGCCAUCACGUAUUCUUGCAGAGGCUCAUCAUGAGCCUUGUGUACUCAACUGUGAUAGAGAAGUGCACAUUGGGAUGAGAAUUGAUGAGUCCUGUUAUCAUGGUCAUUUUAAUCUCAUCAAUCCCUUCUUUACCACUGACAACACUAUGUUCUUAACUGCUCUAUGUGCUGUACUUGCCUUCCACCAUGAGGCCCACCUUGCUGACUCCAUUGAAACUGCUCUCAUCAUGUCUUUCCCUGAUUCCAACAUUGUCUACCCCCCUCACCCAGACUGGCUUACUUGA